AUGUUCUCGUAAGUGAGUAUCUUUUUCUGUCGUGUUUGAACUCGUAUUCAGUCAUGGAUUCUCAUCAUCGCCGAUCAUUCCAAGACAAGAGGAUGACUCCGAAAUCUGCUCGAAGGCGAUAAUUGCUUUCGAAAAAGUGAGCAUUUCUUAUAUUCCCAUCAAUAAGGCGUGUUGUUUUCAGAUCCGAAACGCAUUUCGCGAAAUGUUCCGGUCCCGCCAUCGCAACAUCAUUUCGGAAGUAGCCGUUUUCGUCGGAACUUGCCCUGCUCGCUCUGUGUACUCCUAUCGUAAGCUUUGGUUCAAUCUGCCCCUCCUCCCAAACUACCAAACCGAGCCACCCACUCAGCCGUGCUUCACCGCCACCACGCCCCUUUAGAUGACGAUCACAAAGGUGGAGGAGGCGGGACCGCAAAAAUUUCAAAUAGGGCAAAUGUACUAUGGUACUAUAGUACAUCCAUUAAACAUGCAUCACACAUAGCCAACACUCACAAAAGUAUAAUUCCAGGCGUUCCCAUCAAUCUGUGCGAGGCAAUGGAUUCGGAUCACAAAAGUUGCGGAGAGACUUGCGCGGAACUCAACGACUUCGAACGGCGUAAAGUCAAUAGAGACUUGUUUUUAGUGAGCUAGCCUUCCAUUUCACGAAAGAUAUGUUACGUUCAGUUGAGACAAUCUCGUAGUUCGGUGGAGCACGACAAGAACCUCAACAAUAAGAAUCAUCGUCUGUUUGUGUUCGUCAAAGGAUCCGAGGAUAUGGUGAGCGAUGAAAUCGAAGAAGAGUGAGUCCACUCCGGUCUGAGUCUUGCUCUCUGAAAAUUCGCUUUCAGAGAUCCUCCCUUCGGAUGUAAGCCUUGUCAUCAAUACAUGUUUUCUCAUGAAAACUGUCAAUGCGAAGGAGUUGCGACCGCUCGCUCAGAAGGAAAAUGGCUUCGAAUCGUCCCGUUCAUCGUUCAUUCAAAAAACUGAAUGCUCAUGUUCCGUUCCCUUUUUUUCUUCAUAUUUCAUAAAUUAACCCUCACCUCACUCAUGUUUUUUGCAAGUGUGAUCUCUCAGUUUCUCACGUGAUUUCACGAAAAUUGAAUGAACUCAUCAUCUUUGAACAUACUUUUCACUCGCUUCAGGCUCACAUCCUUUCUCAAUACCUCUUCUGUAUUCAUAUAUCAUGUACUUUCAAUUCAAAAACAGAUAACAGAUAGAGAAGGCGUCUGGUGUUUACCUGUAAUCGCAAUGGGAUCGGCGUCCAACAAAUCGAUGAUUCUCUUCGCGGCAAUAUUCCUCGUCGUCCUUCCGAUGACCGGAUCUGGCGGCGGAGUGUAGGGUUCAGCUUCAGCUGUGCUUAAAAAAUGAGCAUCUUCAGAAAAGAGCAAAAGAACAAAAACUGUGACGGCGUGAGCGGUCUCGUAUGUGUCUUCCCGAAUAACUGCCAGAUUGGGGAGAGUCUUCUCGUUACCUGCACCUCGCGAAAGGGCUGUCCCAAUCCGGUCAGCAGGACCAACGUAGAAGCGGUAUGUCGAUUCUGCUGGCAACUUCCCGAGGACGAUUACGAUUGCGAACCGGCGCUGAACUGUUCCACAAGCAGUACGAGACUCCAGUUGACGAGGUGUUCGGUGAGCUCACAAUCCUCCUCUCCCUUCAAGACACCCACGGGUUUCAGGCUCAUUCCUCUGUCAUCUGCAUGGGUCAACGGAGAUUCUACAAACGCGUGCGGUGCAAUUGGUCCUCCGGCUACAGCUGGACCAAGACGAUGAUCCUUUCGGUGGUCCUCGGAGGCUUCGGCGCCGAUCGAUUCUACCUCGGACUGUGGAAGUCGGCCAUCGGAAAGCUGUUCAGUUUCGGCGGACUCGGCGUCUGGACCAUCGUUGAUGUCGUCUUGAUAGCCAUCGGUUACAUCAAACCGUACGACGGAUCCCUGUAUAUUUGA